AUGCCUAGACGACAAUCUGCUAGGAAGCCGGAACCCUACAGAAGACCAUCUCCCCUAGAUUACCUGUUCAAACUAGAGGAAAACAAAAAUUUAGCUCUUGGAAAACCUGCCUGGCAGGCAAACAACUGGCCAAAUGAACCUGUAAACUGGGGUGCAGCAAAGGCGGUCGAUGGGAAGUAUUCAGAUCGCUCACAUUUAGGUAACCAGUGCACUAUAUCAGGAGACAAAAAACAAACAGCAACUUGGAGGGUUGAUUUAGGGAGAGUGGUCAGCAUCAGCUACAUUAAUAUCUUCUACAGGACGGAUAAUAAACAAGGUCCCACUGUAUAUGUGCCAAGAUUUGCUGGGUUUUUCCUCUUCAUUUCAAAUACGACCUCAAAAGAAGACGGUUAUCUUUGUUUCCAUGAGAUACAGAAUGUGAGUGGCACACCUAUAGAGGACCAGAGGAUCAACUGUUCUCUUUAUGGACGAUAUGUGAUAUAUUACAAUGAACGGAGACCGAAUGUGACUUAUCCUAGUUACUACUCUACGUACGCAUUCAAUGAACUGUGUGAACUGGAAGUAUACGGAUGCCUUGAUCCAGGAUUUUUCGGACACAAUUGUGAACACUUAUGUCCAGAAAACUGCCAGGAACAGAGAUGUAACAUCACAACAGGAGACUGCCUGGGUUGUUUACCCGGCUACAAAGGUCUUCGUUGUAGUGAAGAAUGUGACGGUGGAAUGUAUGGCCUCAACUGCAGUAAGAGGUGUGGGAACUGUUUUAGUGAUUCGCAGUGUCACCACAUCAACGGAAUAUGUUUUAAUGGAUGUUCUACAGGAUACAAAGAAGAGCUUUGUAUCAUUGAAUGUGACAAUGGAAUGUAUGGUGAUAACUGUGGUAAGAUGUGUGGUCAAUGUAUAAAUGAGACACAGUGUCACUAUAUGAAUGGUACAUGUGACGAAGGAUGCUCUGCGGGAUACAAGGGGCCUCUGUGUGAUAAAGAAUGUAACGAAGGAAUGUACGGUGAAAUGUGCAGACAGAUCUGUGGUAAAUGUUUCGGUAAUUCUCAAUGUCACCAUAUCAACGGAACAUGCGCAGAGGGAUGCUCUGUUGGAUAUAAAGGACCAUUGUGUGACAAGGAAUGUGAUAACAGAACGUUUGGUGAUAAAUGCAAUGAAACGUGCGGUAACUGUAUAAAUGAAACACAAUGUCACCAUGUCAACAGUUCAUGCAUGAAUGGUUGUUCUGUGCGAUAUGAUGGAUCCCUUUGUGUUGAAACAUGCAGCGAUAAAAGCUCGGAAACCAUCUCGUGUCCAAAAUCGGAACAGUUAAAAGAAAGCGAGGAUUCAUCAUCGAUUCCAGUCAUUGGCGGAGUCCUCGCUGCUGUUAUCGUUCUGUCAAUUAUAAUCUUGUCCGUCAUCUUAAUCAGACGAUCAAGAACUUCAAAAAACAGUGACCAGCAAACAAUUGUUGACAGUGCUGAUAGGGAAUACGUCACACCAAAUGUGCAUAGUACCUCAGAGCAAACAACAUCAAAUUUCACAAAUAUUUAUAGUAACACGGAAGAAACUACACGGUUCAUGGAGAAAAAAGUUACCAAACUUACACCAAGUAAAGGUAAACAGAGUCGUGAAUUGAACACAAAAAUUAAUGAACGUGAAGAUGAAAUCGACAAUGAUGAGAAAAUACAUGAAGAAAAUCCAUAUGGAGAUUUCUAUAUGAAUGAGGAGACAAUUCCAGAUAUUGAGGUAGAGAAAUUGGGGAGCGCUAUAAAGGAAAAACGGAAAAAUGAAGAUGAUGGCUUUAAGCGGGAGUAUGCGGCCAUGCCAUAUGGUGAGAAGUACCCAUGCGACGCUGGAAAACAACCAGAAAACGUACCGAAAAACAGAUUCAAAACCACAUUUCCAUAUGACCAUUCCAGAAUCAAACUACUGAAUAACCAGUCAGACUACAUUAAUGCAAAUUACGUAGACGGCAUCGACAAGUCAAAUCAGUAUAUUGCAACACAAGGACCUCGACAGAACACAGUUAAAGAUUUCUGGACCAUGAUUUGGCAGGAAAACGUUAACCAAAUAAUAAUGCUGACCAACCUCAAAGAAGGAAACAAGGCGAAAUGUUCCAAGUACUGGCCAAGUCUGUAUCAAUCUACUACAUUGGGUGUUAUCUCCUUGCUGGCGGAGGAGGAGCAAACUUACGCCAACUAUACAAUCAGGAGAUUUAGAGUAACCCAUAAAGUGCAUAACAAAUCUCGCAUAGUAACCCAGUACCACUACACUGCCUGGCCGGACCACGGGAUACCGGAACAGCUCUGUCUUGUAAUUUUUCAUGAUCACGUGACAAGGACAACUGAUCAACAGAAUACUGGUCCCACAGUAGUACACUGCAGCGCAGGAAUAGGGCGCACUGGUACUUAUAUUGCUUUAGACGCCUUAUACAAGGCGGGAAAAACAGAAAGGAAAAUCAACAUCGCGAAAUACGUGAAGAAAAUGAGAGAAAACAGGAUGAACAUGGUUCAGACUUAUGAGCAGUACAAGAUUAUUUUCCUCGCACUUGAAGCCGUUUUCAAAGCUCCAACAUGUGUACACACCAAACCUGAAUUCAUAAGAAAGGCUGAGUUAAUGACACUGGAUAAACCAGCCAAUGAAAGUGAACUUAGAAAGGAGUUCCAGAAUCUCUUAAGAGUGAGACCAACGUACACAGAAGCGGCUUACAAAUUUGCUUUAGAAAGCGGCGAAAGUAAAUCAUCUGUUCUUCCACUUGACAAGUAUAGCCUCUUCCUGUCCUCAAGUGUACCAAAACGCGGGAAUUACGUCAAUGCCAUUACACUUCCUUCUUACAUUAAGAACAAGGCAUUCAUAAUAACACACUACCCCCCGCCAGAGGAAGCUGUAGAUUUUCUGCGCCUGCUCACUGAUCACGAAUCAGACGUAGUCAUUUGUAUGGAUCCCCUAACCAAAGUGGAAUCAACGAAGAUAUGGCUUCCCGCUGCCAAUAGUAUAAAAACCGUCUCUCCAUUCACGGUAAAUUGUGGACAAGAGCAAGUCACAGAUAUUAAAUGUACAACAAUCAGCAUUAUCCAAGAUGGGGCGAAUGAUGAAGGAUGCUCGGUGACCAUUAUACAGCCAAAAGAUAGCUUGAAAAUAACAGAAAACUCUCAGGUGACAAUGCAAAUGUUACAUUUGGUUUCCUGUGCACUUCAAAGUGAAACCGAGGGUCCCAUUACAGUAGUCAGCAGUGAUGGAUCAGCCCUGUGUGGUGUAUUUUGUGCUGUAUAUAACACACUACAACAGUUGUCUAUGGACGGGGAGGUGGACAUUUUCUCUGCUGUCCAACAGUUACAGAUAAGACGUCCAGAACUGUGCUCUACUAUGGAGGAGUACAUGAUGAUCUACAAUGUUGUUCUGGACUACAUCCACACACAAGAGGAAACAUCAGAGGAAAAUAUUUACAGCAACCAAUGAUUACAUUCUCUUAUGAAAGUGUGUAUAACAUUGUGGAAAAAAAAUCUGGAAGAAAGAACCUA